CUCAAUCACUCCUCAAAGACGCCAACGCCACAAAGGCCCUAAGCCAUGGCUGCUCUUUUCUUCUCUCUCGUUCUCACUGUUGUGCUCCCAACGAUAACGGCCGUCACAAACGAUUCCCGGUCCGAUUUCAUCCGCACAUCAUGUGACACCACUCUAUACCCUUCCCUUUGUUACGAUUCGCUCUCGGUCUACUCGGACUCCAUCAAACAGAGUCCGAGUCAGCUCGCUAGAGCUGCAGUUUCAGUUAGUUUGAAGAGCACGCAAAAGGCCUCGGCUCUAGUGGCUCGGCUUGGACAUUCGACCCGAGAGCAUGGGUCGGUAAGAGAUUGCGCUGAAAACUUGGCUGAUGCUUUGGAUCAAGUGAAGAGGUCUGCACGGGAGCUGAGCCGCUUAAGCAGAGCCGGUUUUCGGUUGCAAAUGGGGAAUGUCCAAACCUGGUUAAGUGCGGCCAUAACAAAUGACGACACAUGUAUGGACGGAUUUGAUGGCUCGGGGGAAUCUGACGGCGGCGGCGUCACGGCAUUGAGCGGGCGAGUCUCCUGCGCGAAACAGGUGACGAGUAAUGCUCUUGCUCUCGUGAACAAUUUGGCCGAAACACAGGAGUAGAAAAGUUCUCACUGGAAAUCUCGCUCAAACCCGCUUUUGGAUUUGUAUAGUGCCUGUGAGUUGUGUGCAUUUUCGUUCAAUUUUAGUUUUUCUUACUCUGUUUUCAGUGUGAGAAGCUCAAGUGCCCCUGGGUUUUAAGGUGUGCUUUCAACUCCUCCAAGACUGUGAUGCGAGAAUGUCUUGGGGGAGGACAAUAUAGUAAAAUGCUUUUUUGUUAUUUUUAUUUUGGGCCAGUUAUUGUG